AUGGAACUCGGUACGAUAUUCGUCUUCCUCCUCACUCAACGAAGGCCUUACAUUCCAUCUAUACCCCAGAUUACACCCAGCCAGAAUCUUACCUGGCACGAAUGCUAUUCCACAUUCGAGUGCGCGCGCUUGGAAGUUCCGUUGGACUACGACAACCCGACAGGUCCUCAAGCCGUUAUCGCCUUGACGCGUAAACCAGCUGGCGUACCAACGUCUUCAGCGGAUUAUAAAGGGCCUAUCUUGUUCAACCCUGGAGGCCCUGGGCAGAGUGGUGUCGAGUUCGUCCUUGGGUUGGGGGACUUAUUGGCGAUGGGACUUGGUCCGCAAUUCGAUCUUGUUGGGUUUGAUCCGCGAGGCAUCGCCCGUUCAACUCCCCGCGCUUCCAUCUUCGCAACCGAAGCCGAGCGCGCAUUCUUCGGUAACGCGUAUCUCAGCCAGAUGGUGAACGGAACCGGCGAAGGUGUCGCAAAAGCCUGGGGGAUCGGGCACGUUAUUGGCAAGUUGGCGAAAGCGCAUGAUGAGGAGGAGGGGGAUUAUUUGCAGUAUAUUAAUACGCCUAAUACUGCGAGAGAUAUGGUGAGGAUUUUGGAGAGGUAUGGGGAGGAGAAGUUGAAGUAUUGGGGGAUUUCGUAUGGCAGUGUUUUGGGAGCUACGUUUGCGACUAUGUUCCCUGACAAGGUUGAGCGUAUGGUCCUCGACGGAGUGGUAGACUUGGACGACCACUAUACCGUUGCAUGGGGAGACAACCUCCAAGACGCAGACAACGUCCUCGAACAAUUCUUUACAGGUUGUGCAGCCGCCGGUCCCUCAGGCUGCGCCUUCCACCAACCCAGCGCCGCCGACAUCAAAGCCUCCUUCUACCAACUCGCCAACCAAAUCCGCAACGAGCCUAUCCCCGUGUACACCACCAGCACAUCUGGCGCCCCAACCUACGGUCUCCUCGAUUAUUCCAAAUUCCAGACAGCCGUGUUCUACGCGCUCUACAGUCCUUUCAGCUCGUUUGCGCCAUUGGCUGAGGUACUCGCGCAGUUGGCGGAUGGCAAUCCGGAGCCGUUCUUUGCUUUCGACGGGGCUCAGCCGUUCCGGUGUGAUUGUGAUGCUGCUGGGGGAGAGGAGGAGGAGAUGCAGGCUGUUACGGAGGGGACGGCGGCUGUUUUGUGCACUGAUGGUGCGAAGGUUCCGGAGGGACUUGGUGAUACACAGACGGCGUUUGCGGGGUUGAGUGCCAAGUCGGAGUGGGCAGGUGUUUGGGCUUGGAUGAGGUUGAGUUGUCUUGGGUGGCCGAAGAAAACGCCCGCGGCUUCGUUUGAGGGCCCGUACGCUGCAAAUACUAGCCAUCCGAUUUUGUUCAUAGGAAGCACUGCUGGUACGUCGUUGGAUGAUUGGACUUCCGAAUACAUCCUGUCACCCCUCUCGCCAAGUGAGACCGAUGUCUUUUUGGCGCGCCAUUUGCCGACUGACCACAUAAUCAGUGCAAACAAGGUCUCCCAGGGCUUCAACGGCUCCGUGGUCCUUACUCAAGAUGCUCCCGGGCACACGUCCCUCGGAGCGACCUCUUUCUGCACGCAACUCGCCAUCCGCGAGUACUUCAUCAACGGAUCUCUUCCUGCACCCGACACUGUCUGCGAUGUCAUUGGCUCGCCUUUCCCAGGUGGUCUUGCUAGGAGGUCUCGCAGGGACGUCGAGGACAGUUUCAGCGGUGCUUCUGGAUUGGAGGGUGUGGAUGUUGAGCAAUGGAUGGAUGCUGUUGAGAAGCUCUCGAAGGAGGCUGCGGCUCGUCAUGCCUAUGGUCCUUUGAGGAUCUGA